UGGUGUUUGUUCUCGAAAUAGAAACUGGGGUUUAAACUUUCCAUUGUUUGGUUUGGAUUGAAACAUUGAGAAAGAGAAAGAAAGAAAGAACUGAGAUAUAGACAAGGCCGGGAAAUGGCAAAGGAGGAGUCACCAUUCAAGGCAGAUGUAGUGAAAGGAAAGGUUUGUUUGAUCACAGGAGGAGGGUCGGGCAUUGGUUUUGAGAUUUCAACACAAUUUGGAAAACAUGGAGCUUCAGUAGCCAUAAUGGGUCGACGCAAACAAGUCCUUGAUGCUGCUGUCUCUUCCCUUCACUCCCUUGGAAUUAAUGCUGUUGGCUUCGAGGGGGACGUUCGCAAGCAGGAAGACGCAAGAAGAGUGGUUGAAUCAACUGUCAAGCAUUUUGGCUGCCUCGACAUUCUUGUGAAUGCAGCUGCUGGCAAUUUUCUUGUGUCUGCUGAGGAUUUAUCCCCUAAUGGGUUUAGAACCGUUAUAGAUAUUGAUUCAGUCGGCACAUUUACAAUGUGCCAUGAAGCACUCAAGUAUCUCAAAAAGGGAGGACAUGGAAGGAACUCAUCUAGGGGUGGAUCAAUUUUGAAUAUUACUGCUACUUUACACUAUACAGCUUCUUGGUACCAAAUACAUGUCGCCGCAGCCAAGGCAGCCGUUGAUAGCAUUACUAGAAACUUGGCACUUGAGUGGGGAACUGACUAUGAUAUUCGAGUCAAUGGUAUCGCCCCAGGUCCUAUUGGUGAUACUCCUGGCAUGAGUAAACUAGUACCGGAUGAGAUUAAAAGCAAAACUCGAGAGGUCAUGCCUUUGUAUAAGAUAGGGGAAAAAUGGGAUAUUGCUAUGGCAGCUCUCUACCUUGUUUCUGAUGCUGGUAAAUAUGUGAAUGGCACUACCCUUGUAGUUGAUGGAGGACUUUGGCUGAGCCAGCCUCGCCAUAUACCAAAAGAGGGAGUAAAGAAGCUGUCUCGGGACAUUGAAAAGAGAUCUAGAGAUAAACCCGUUGGAGUCCCUACCAGCAAGCUAUAAUGUUCAUCUAAAUGCUUCAACAUAUAUUAUUUAGGUAAAAAAUUCGACUUUUUUUUUUAUCUCUCAAUAUAUGAAAUAAGAAAAAUGUUUAGUAAGAUAGACGGGGAGUAAAUUACUUAGCAAAAUGGUUAAAGUCUUUAAAGUCGACACCUGCUGACUUCAUAUAAUUGUUUUUUCUGCUCAAAUGAAAAAUGGAAAAUAUCAUGAAUAGUCUCUCAUAUUUUAUCAAAUUUUCAUGAUAAUAUAUUGUAGUUACUCUCAAUUGUUUUUAUUUUUCAAUUUUAAUACAAUAUUUAAUAGGUUUCAAACCUAGACUUACGUAGGAAAUACAAGUAAAUAUAAUAUUAUUGUUUUAUUAAUUUUUCCUAUUCUAUACUUUAUCUUGAAGUUUUGAUAAAAUUAUGUGGGACCAUUUGUGAUAUUAUUCUAUUUUUAGUUGAGUAUAACCUCAAAAAAUGGCUUGUUUCUA